AAGAAAGAGAGAGAAAAAUAUUCUAUCUUCUACAGUUAGCAGUGUCUUUUUGUUUUGUGCAUUUGUCUUUGCUUCAAGCAAAGCAAAAACAAGAGUUUAAACUAAGGUAAGGGGUGCAAUUUAUCGAAUUGGAGACAAGUCUAAAUUGGAAUUCUUUCUUUUAAAAGGGGAUCAAUUCAGGGGAAAACAAAUUUUUAGAGAGAUCUUUUUACCUGAUAUAUAUCUGUACUGAUCAAUAUAUAUAUAUAUAUAUAUACACACACACAGAUAAACCUUUUUUUUAUUUUUUUUUAUUUUCUUGGUUUUGUAUUUUGUUCUGUACUGCUCUAUACCUCUCUCUCUUUCUCUGUACUCCUUUAGUUUUGUUCUUCUUCUUCUCUUUUAGCUAGUUUUAGGACACAAACCCACUUAUACUCUCCAUUUCUUUGCUAAAUUCAAAUGAUGUCUGAUGAUGGGUUUGCUAUUCCUUCCUCUACCGUUGGAGGGUUUCUUCAAGAAUCAACUACUUCAAACCCUAACCCUAACCCUACUUCGAAUCCAGUCAAGAGGAAGAGAAAUUUACCAGGAACACCAGAUCCAGAUGCAGAAGUUAUUGCCUUAUCCCCAAAAUCUCUAAUGGCAACAAACAGAUUCAUUUGUGAAAUCUGCAACAAAGGUUUUCAAAGAGACCAAAAUCUUCAGCUUCAUAGGAGAGGCCAUAAUCUUCCAUGGAAACUGAAGCAAAGAUCAAACAAAGAGGUUAUUAGAAAGAAGGUAUAUAUUUGCCCUGAAAAGAGCUGUGUACACCACGAUCCUUCAAGAGCCCUAGGAGACUUAACGGGAAUAAAGAAACACUUUAGCAGAAAACAUGGAGAAAAGAAAUGGAAAUGCGAGAAAUGUUCAAAGAAAUAUGCAGUUCAAUCAGAUUGGAAAGCUCAUAGCAAGAUCUGUGGCACUAGAGAGUACAGAUGUGACUGUGGCACUCUCUUCUCCAGGAAGGAUAGCUUUAUUACGCACAGAGCUUUUUGUGAUGCUUUAGCAGAAGAAAGUGCAAGAUUCACUUCAGUUUCAGCAGCAAUGAAUGCAAACUUCAGAAGCAAUAUAGUCAAUGAGGCUACUAAUAGUAACAAUCAGUUUUCGUCGUUAUAUAGACCAGAAUUUCGAUCAGAGAUAGUUGGUGUUGAUAUGGGAGUUGACGGGCAUAAACCAAGACUAGGAACAUGGUUAGAAAACGCUAAUAUUCCCCAAUUCAACCCAAUUGGAGUCCCGAGUAAUUCUAAUGCUUUCUUGGCGCCAAAUUCAACUUGCUUGCCAGAAUUGGUUCAAACACAAGCGCAGUGGCUCAAUAAAUAUCAAGAAGCAUCAUUUGCAGGUUGCAGUAAUGCUCUUUCUGUAUCGACAUUGGCACGAGGACUAAAAGAGGAACAAGGGAUAAACAAAGGAGACUUUUCUGAAUCAACAGCUACUUUCUAUUCAAGUGCUCAACAGAGAAGCUCAUCAGUGUCGACAAUAGCUCAUAUGUCAGCUACUGCAUUAUUGCAAAAAGCAGCUCAAAUGGGAUCAACAGUAAGCAAUCCAACGUUUACUAGUCCAAGCAAUGAGUUUUCUCUCUCAAACAUGUCCAACUUCAGUAAUAGCGAAACUCUCAAGUACGUAAGUGGCAAACAACAAGAUAGUAAUCAAGUUGACAACUUGAACGUAUUGGCGAAUUCUCCAUUUAUAAAAGAUGGGUCGUUGUUAAUGAUACAAGCAAAUGGAACAAAAAGCCAUAGGAGCUCAUCGAGUGAAGUAUUAGAGGGAAGUUUAACUAGAGACUUUCUUGGUGUAGGAGGUGAAACGACAACAAGACCAUUUUUGCAACAAGAGCUAGCUAAGUUUGGCUCAAUAACUUACUAUGGAUUUGAGCCAAUAUAAUUCUGGGCAUCAUCACAGAGUUUAAUGAAUUUGAUCCAGAAAAAGAAGGUAAUGAUAACAUUUUGUUUGUGUUUUACCUGAAUUAUCAUGCAAGAUAGCCGGCUAGCUAGCUAGAUAUAUAGUUAGCUAGUUAAUUUAGUUUUUGUUAUUGUUAUUGUUAUAGUAAUAUACACUGAGAAUAUUAAGCAGUAGAAUAAUAUUAGGUGAAAGAAAAACAUAAAUGGAAGGUUGGAGACUGCAACUAUGGAAGAAACUGUGUGAACCCGUUCGAGUUAAAGACUCGUGACUAGUGAGUGAGUGGUCAGGGACGUGGGGACCACUUCGUGUUGGAACAGACUUAAGAGAAAGAGACAGAUAUGGCAAUCAAUCAAAGAGGGGGAGGAAGGGUGUUGGGACCCUCCAUGCAUGUAAUCUUCUUCUUCUUCUUUUUUUUUUUUUCUUUCUUUCUUUCUUUUUUUUUUUUAAAAUUACAGGUAGGUAGACUUUGAUAAACAAUUGGUCACAGCCAAGCUAAGGCUUACUGUUAUGGCUGUGACAAUUUUCAAAUCAGGGACUACAUAAAAAGUUUCAUGCAUCUGUUCACAUUAAACGAUCACUCAACUUUCUGGAUUUUGUCUAUAUAUUACAAAGAAUAUAUAUGAGGGUUCAUUUUUAGCAUUA